AUGGUUAUUAUAUUUCGGGCGCUGGCCUUACUUGUGUCACUCUGGCUAAACAGCGAAAUAUUUAACACGUUAAUAGUGUUCCGCAAUGAGAAUUGGCCCUGGCUUUUCUCCGAAGCUUGCAACCACCCUGCAUUGGUAUCCACACAAAAUACAGCACCCAGAACCACAAUAGUACAUUCCGUUACUAUUCCCAUUGCCACUGGAAGUUUCACCGCUUCAGCAACCACCCAUACAACAGUGGAAACGGUUUGGUACAGCCCCCCUAUUCUUACUCUUGAAAGAAGGAAUGCUAGCCUGAGAAUCGAUGAGAAAGACUGCGAUUUCACACGCUUCUACGAAGGUGCCUCUGUACUACAUCCACCAUUCAAUGUCUCAGAAGGUAUCAACCUGGAGCAGUGGGAGUCUGCAGUGCACCAGCUUCACGAACUAGACCGUCUAUCUCGCAGCAAUAACGAUACUAUCAUAAGAAGAUACAAACAGAGAGGGUACUGGGAACUUCGUAGAGAGCUAGACGACCUGGUCCUGAAGCCAAUGCAAUUUGCGUGUUCGACGCUGCAUAGGUUGCAGGACAGAUUAAUUGAGAUCAACGUGAAUGAGGCGAAUUCCACAGACUGGGAUGAGCGUCUUCGCCUUUUGCUGGACCUCCUGGACGUAGUUUGGGCCGAUUUGAGCAGGUAUUUGGAAAACAAUCAAAUUAUGAGGAUUAUGCCUGAGUGGGCCCGCUACGCAGAAGAAUUACGAAGUUGGGACUGCCCUAAGCAAAACUGCAUGCAAGUGGGCGAAGAACCGAUCGAUAUUUUUGUGUACGAGAUUAUAAACGAUCUGCUACGGUCAGUACGCCGGAUGCGCAGUAAACUGGAUCCUAAUCGGAUAGAUUCGUCGGACUCGAAGGAACCCCUUGUCGGGUCAUAUGAGCGGGUGAUAUUGGAAAUGAAGUUUAUGGCUACUCGGUUUGGGUUCGAAUGGUUCAUGAUACCCAUUCUCGAUUAUUCACAAUGGGUACUUGGAGUCAUUUUUACCCCUGCUGGAGCAGUAAUCGGGAUCCUUCUCGACACACUCAAUUAUUUGACUGGGCUUACGUUUGAGAAAAUGAAAACGGCAAUAGUGCAGCAUGGAUUCACUUACGAGAAUGUGACGCAAGGAUAUGAGCAACUAGAUUCAGAUGUCAAGUGGAAGUUGCUCACUUCCAUUACCAUCAUAGGCUUCUUGCUCACCCUCGUUAAUCUUCUUAUUCAUCGCGCAUUCAGUUGGGAGCUUAUAAAUAUGGGGACAGCUUUACGCGUCAGGCUACCUGAGGAAGGCGAGCCAGUCGCAGUAAAUAACCGGCCAUGAAGGCGGAGUUAAG